AUGGCCACCAAUAUUGUGCUCCUCGUUUGCUUUCAAGUCCUAUUAGUUCAGACAGCCUUCAGUCAAUGCCUUGGCCGUGAUCCCCUAUUGGGAGGACUGGGCACGUAUGGCCCUGGUUGGGGACCUUACGACCCUAUUGGCCCGUAUGAUGGAUCGGUCUACGGCGCACCAUAUUCAGCAGGGUUCAUCACUCCUGGCAGCUUGGCUGCAUCAUGCGGUGGAGGCCUGGCUGUUACGAGCAAUUCGCCGAUAACUCCCACUGGUCUGACGGUUACCUCUGAGAAUUCUAUCGAAGGUACCGUCUCUGUGGUGGGACAACUGCCGUUCUUGGGUGCUGUGGCUACUGAUGGCGCGUUCCCCACUGCUGGACUUGGGGCUGUGGUGUACGGCUGCGGUGAUGGCGCUAUUGGAAUAGUUUCCGAAGCCCCUAUUUCCGCUCCCGGUCCUGUCGGCUAUGGCGGAUGGCCGGGAGUUGGCUAUAAAGGACCCUGUGGAUGUGGUGGAAUUUAUUAA